UUUGUGCUCAAGUAAGUAGUAGAAUUCAGAUCCAGAAAGCAGACAAAACGUGCAUUUUAACGAUUUUGUUUAGGAAAAAGUGUAACCACUAGCGAGACUGUGAGUGAGAGAACAUCUGUAACACGACGCGGAAUAGCGGUAUUUCUAACUGCAAAUAUCUUCCAGUUUCCAGAAUUUCCAAUUUGCAAAAUCAUGAGCCACAUGUGAAGAAGCCAUCAUUGUCCGAAGAUCCUUUCUGCAAUUACCCAAACUCUAACCGCGAAUUCUAGAUAUCGAGAUUUUAUUUCAGAAGCACUUUAGUGAGAAGAUGGGAAGUUUGGGCGCGAUUCUGAAACGACCAGAUGACUUUUACCCGCUUCUGAAGCUGAAAAUGGCGGCGAGAAACGCCGAGAAGCAGAUCCCGACGGAGCCACACUGGGGCUUCUGCUACACUAUGCUCCACAAGGUUUCUCGCAGUUUUGCCCUCGUCAUUCAGCAACUCGGUCCCGAACUUCGCAACGCUGUUUGCAUAUUUUAUUUGGUUCUUCGAGCUCUCGAUACCGUUGAGGACGAUACUAGCAUAGCUACAGAAGUCAAGGUGCCAAUACUGAUAGCUUUUCAUCGUCAUAUUUAUGAUCAUGAAUGGCACUUUUCAUGUGGCACAAAGGAGUACAAAGUUCUAAUGGACCAGUUUCAUCAUGUUUCAACUGCUUUUCUGGAACUUGGAAAGAACUAUCAAGAAGCAAUCGAGGACAUUACCAAAAGAAUGGGUGCUGGAAUGGCCAAAUUUAUUUGCAAGGAGGUAGAAACAAUUGAUGACUAUGAUGAAUAUUGUCACUACGUGGCAGGCCUUGUUGGGCUGGGUUUAUCAAAGCUUUUCCAUGCCUCUGGUUUAGAAGAUCUGGCCCCAGAUUACCUUUCCAAUUCAAUGGGCUUAUUUCUUCAGAAAACAAACAUUAUUCGAGAUUAUCUGGAAGACAUUAAUGAGAUCCCCAAGUCACGCAUGUUUUGGCCACGGCAGAUCUGGAGUAAAUAUGUUAAUAAACUCGAGGAUUUGAAAUAUGAGGAAAACUCUGUUAAGGCAGUGCAGUGCUUAAAUGACAUGGUCACUAAUGCUCUGAUGCAUGCUGAAGAUUGCUUAAAAUACAUGGCUGCUUUACGAGACCUGGCUAUAUUUCGCUUUUGUGCUAUACCCCAGAUAAUGGCAAUUGGAACACUUGCAUUGUGCUACAACAACAUUGAGGUCUUCAGAGGUGUAGUUAAAAUGAGACGAGGUUUAACUGCCAAAGUGAUUGAUCGAACAAAGACUAUGUCUGAUAUCUAUGGUGCUUUCUUUGAUUUUGCUUCUUUGUUGGAGUCCAAGGUUGACAAAAGUGAUCCCAAUGCAACAAAAACAUUGAGCAGGCUGGAAGCUAUAAAGAAAACUUGCAGAGAAUCUGGUCUCUUGAGCAAAAGGAAAUCUUACAUUAUGAGGGAUGAAAAUGGAUAUGGCUCAACCAUGAUUGUCAUACUGGUGAUCAUGUUUGCCAUCAUUUUUGCUUAUCUGUCAGCUAAUCAGCAAAAUAACUAGUGUAAGUUGUAUUGUUAGUGUUAAUGUACGGUUGGAAUUGUAAGAACGAUUAUCAUUUUUUAUAAUAUUUUCACUCCUUUUUUUAUAUAGCAAGUAGCCUUCUUGCCUUUCCGAACAUAGAUAGCAUGAAAAAAUGAUACCUUGCGUCAUUCCAACGGAAUGUGAAUUUGCACGCACGCAAACAAGCAAUUUUAUGAUGGCUGCCGUUAACUAUCUAUCGUGUAUUGUAAUU